AUGUGCGGAGGCCGGACGGGAGCCGGAGAGCAGUGGAGCGGCUGUGUUAGGUCCUUUGCCUCUUGUUCCGGAAAUCCUGCUUUCUGCCGCAAGAUGCCCCAGCUUGGACUCCUACAUUGGAGAGCCUGGACUGUGUUGCUUGGCCAGCUCCGGCGGCCGCCCGGUGCUGUGUGCAUCAGGGCAGUCCGUUCUCACAGUCAGGUUGCAGAGGCACUGUUUGCAUCCCAACUGAAACCUGAUCAAGAGAAGUCAAAUUUUAUUAUCAAGACCCCAAAGGGUACCAGAGAUCUUAGUCCCCAGCAGAUGGUAGUGAGGGAGAAAAUUCUUGAUGUGGUUGUUAGCUGCUUUAAACGUCAUGGAGCAAAGGGGUUGGAUACCCCGGCAUUUGAACUAAAGGAGGUGCUCACUGAGAAGUAUGGAGAGGACUGUGGGCUCAUCUAUGACCUGCAGGAUCAGGGCGGAGAGCUGCUGUCGUUGCGCUAUGACCUUACUUAUCCUUCUUCUUUAACCUAUUUAUGUGAGGUCCCUUUUGCUCGUUAUCUGGCAAUGAAUAAAGUGAAGAAGAUGAAACGCUAUCAUGUUGGAAAAGUAUGGCGGCGGGAGAGCCCAACCAUAGUCCAAGGCCGCUACCGGGAGUUCUACCAGUGUGUAAGAAACCUGAUGGAGGCAGCAUGGUUUGAUAGUUCUGGGGGCCACGACCAGGUAACUGGCUGCUCAGUAACUUUUUUCCCAUCUUUUUCUUUGCUGCAGGAUUUUGACAUUGCUGGUCAAUUUGACCCUAUGAUCCCUGAUGCAGAAUGUUUGAAGAUCAUGUGUGAAAUCCUUAGUGGAUUGCAGCUGGGGGAUUUUCUCAUUAAGGUCAAUGACCGGCGGAUUUUGGAUGGAAUAUUUACUGUCUGUGGUGUUCCUGAAAGCAAGUUCCAUGCCAUCUGCUCCUCAGUAGACAAACUAGACAAGAUGUCUUGGAAAGAUGUGAGACAUGAGAUGGUGGUAAAGAAAGGCCUGGCUCCUGAAGUGGCUGAUCGAAUUGGGGAUUAUGUCCAAUGUCAUGGUGGGAUAUCCUUGGUGGAGCAAAUGUUCCAGGAUCCCGUACUAUCCCAGAACAAGCAGGCCCUAGAGGGCUUGGGAGACCUGAAGCUGCUAUUUGAAUACCUGACUUUAUUUGGAGUUGCUGAGAAGGUCUCCUUUGACCUGAGCUUGGCUCGAGGCCUGGACUACUAUACAGGAGUGAUCUAUGAAGCAGUGCUGCUACAGACCCCAGUGCAUGCUGAGGAGGAGCCACUGAAUGUGGGCAGUGUGGCUGCUGGUGGUCGCUAUGAUGGGCUGGUGGGCAUGUUUGACCCCAGAGGCCACAAGGUGCCAUGUGUGGGGCUCAGCAUUGGGGUAGAGCGAAUCUUCUCCAUUGUGGAGCAGAGGAUGAAGAUUUUUGGUGAGAAGAUACGGACUACAGAGACCCAAGUGUUUGUGGCCACACCACAGAAGAACUUUCUUCAAGAACGGUUGAAGCUAAUUGCAGAGCUUUGGGAUGCUGGGAUCAAGGCAGAGCUGAUGUAUAAGAACAACCCUAAACUACUACCCCAACUGCACUACUGUGAGAACAUGGGCAUUCCACUGGUGGUCAUUAUUGGUGAGCAAGAACUGAAGGAAGGGGUCAUCAAGCUCCGUUCAGUGGCCAGCAGGGAGGAGGUGGCCAUUAAACGGGAAAAUCUAGUGGCUGAAAUUCAGAAACGACUGUCUUGAGUCUUGAUCAUUACCUGAAUGCCAUAUGCUGCUCUUUGUAGAAAAGGUUUCACCUAGGACUGACUUCCUAAAGGACUUCACACCUGCCGGCCAGAAUGGGUGACAAGUGUUUCUGGAUCCUUAUCCUUUCUGUGUACAGAACUGUAGAAUGCCCUGAGGACUCCUAGGCUAAUGUGAGCAGCUGUGCUGCAUGGGCACACAUGAUGGCUGGUAUGUGGAAGAGAUAUGCCCUAACUGCCAAGGCAAAUGGCGGGUUUGAAAUGCCAUUGAACGCUACCAACAAUGUGCUGAGAUGGUUGCUGUCAGCAAGUCUCUGGGAAAGUCACCUCAGGUUGAGAGGAUUCUGAACCUUUGAGAUAAAAAAUCAUAUAUUUAGCCUUCUACUAUGGCUUCUCGAAAGUUUGUCCAAAAUCUAGUCAUGGGCUGUCCAGGGAGUUUUGGGGAGACAGCAAGGAGGGGAAAUGACUGCUUCCUGUUCUGUUUGAGAACAGAGGUGCUAUCCUAAGGGCAUUGCACUGCCCAUAUUAAUGUGGCAUCUCUUUGGCUCAUUCACUGUUAAUAAUAAUAGGGUGAGCCUGUUUGUUUAAUAAUCUUGAACGUUGAACUUAAUAGGUGACCUGACAAGAUGGAGAUAUGAUUGGAGCUCAUUACCUGUGCCGUAAUCACUUCUCUGACUUUCAUAUCCUGCCAUGGAGGUGGCUGUUCUUGAAGUGGUUGUAUAAUAUAUUAAAUAAAAUUUAAAUGGAGUAGUUUGA